GUCAUAUACAUAAUUCGCAAACAUGGAUCAUUAAUCAUACAACAAUUUGAAUGGAAUUCAAGAUUUACACCGUUCCAUUCUCUGCCUACCCAAGGGUACAUUAUGCAUGCAAACACUUGGAACCACUUCUACGUAGGUAUAAUGAUCUUACCAAUGAGAUCCAACUAGAAAAAUGGACUACCCCAAUCGAGAUGCCUUUCAAAGAUCGCAUGAACAAACAGACGUUCCAGCUAUGUCUACAAUCCUUGGACGGUGAUCGAGAUAUUGAUAUCAGAAAUGUAACAAAACAAAACCAUUUACAUGAUUGCAUUACAGAAAAAUGCGCUACUGUUAAAGAGCUUUCACAAAAAAGAUGUCUCCAAAAAUCUUUUGUUGUUAUUGUUGCUUCUGAUAUGAAUGAAGAUGACAUACCAGAGGGCAAGAACGUGAAGCUUAUCUGCUUGAGAGGCAGUGAUAAUCAAAAAGCCACUAAAGAAAUGCAGAUUGUUUCCAAAGAACAAGUUUACAAAACAGUUAGCGAAUUAAUGGAAUUGAAUUUGUACAAAGCCCCAGAAAUGAAGAAUAAAUGUGAAUGUCUGUUGCAUAUUUUGGACGCCAUAUUUCAUGUCGAUAAAGAUAAACAGAAAGUGUCAUCUCUUAAACGUUCGAAGUCUGAAGACAACAUGAUAUGCAGAACGGAUGAAUCAACCAGCGACCUUAUUCUAGAGCGAUCUACAUCAUAUAUGGAGAAGAGUAUAUCUGAAGGUACUGAAAGAGGGGAACUAUAUACAAAAACAUUUAUAAAGAAACUGCGGGACGAUUUAAACAAAUCAAAGCAGAAACAAAAGGAUAAGAAAGGACACAUUUUGAAGCAGUUGCCGGUAACUCGUGAUAAGAAUUGUUUAUUGGAUGAAGAGCUUAUUCAGAAAAUAGAGCGCCUCUCUGAUGAAAUGCUUGGAAUGUUUAGCCGAAGUUCUGUUCCAAAAAAUGAAAGGCCACAGCUGGGAGUGCUUCAGGGCGGGCAGAUCAGCAAACAGUUGAAGAAAGAUCUUCACAACAUAAGUCCGUCCAUAAGGAGUUGCGGAUACCGCGGUUGCACGUUAGUCAUUUUUGUAGAUAAAGAUUGCGAUCCGCAGAAUUUAAAAACUAGCCUGAAAAACCUGCUUCUGAGGGAUCACAAUAUCGUAUCUUUUUCCGUAGAACCGUUGAAUAUCAAAGAAUUUUGUAAGGUUGGGUCAGAAGGUCAAGCAAUUUUUGGUAAUGGCAUACCCAGGUAUGGAACUUUAGGUGGAUUUGGUUAUUCUAAGUCAUGCAGUAGUAAAGGAAGCAAAACAAUCGGGUUAGUGUCUCGACAUGUCUUUAACAUUGGUAACUGUCCUGCAACCUGUGCACUCAUCCAUUCUGAAGGGAAAACAACAGAAGCAUCUGUUGAUAUUGAUAAAUCAUUUGCUGAUAAUCACGAAAUUGUCUUAGAUAUUGCGGCAAUUUCCUUCAAGGAGGAUAAAUCUAAAUUCGACACAACAUAUAAAACAUCAGAAAACAAAAGUGCAAAAGGUGUUUUAACUACAUACACCACGGAACAAAUGAAGGGGCUUCCAGUUCAAAUAUGUGGAGCGUGGACACCAUUAGGACGUGGAACUGUAACAAUGCCAAAGAUUGAAGGUGUAAGAGAUAGAUGUAUGGAUGAAAAUUUUAUUUUUGUCGAAGAUAACAUCACUGAAGGAACUGAAGGAAAGGAAAAGGAGGUUUUCUGUAAAGAACUUGAUAGUGGCGCAAUAGUUUGUACAGACGAUCAAGAUAAUCCAGAUAACGUACAGUUAAUUUCAAUGGUAAUUGGGGAAAGCAUUCAAAAGAAAGGCUCAUAUGCAACAUUAAAACUAAAAGAAGGAAUCAACCAAGUUGAAGAAGAAACCAAUUCUACCAUUAAACUUUUGUAACUAAUCAUCAGCAUGAUAACUUAUAUUAGUAAAAAACGUAUAGAGGAUAUUGAAUGAGUGUACAUUAAAUUCUAAAUUUAUUGAACGAGUUUUAUACAACGAGUUCAAUAAUUUAGUAUUGAAUUUACACGAAUAUAAUAUUCUAUAUAUCACAUAUAAAAAAUUAGAACGGUAAAAUGUUAAAAAGAGCCAUUUUUUUCAUUUAAAAAUAUAAUAUGAUUUUUUUUCAAAACGGCUCAUAUUAAGUUUUUUUAUAUAUAAGACCAGAACAUGUGCUGGGAUUUACAAAUAUACAUUUUAUUUGGAUUUUAAAGGUGUUUUUAGGUCCACACCCCAAGUGUGUAUAUUUUUAUAGACGUUGAAAUAUGAUUUCUUUUUCAAAAUGGCUUAUAUAAAGUUUUAUAUGAUCAGUAUAUGUGCUGGAAUUGACAAAUAUACAUUUUAUUUUGAUUUUCAAAAGCGUUUUUAGGUCCACAUCCCAAUUGUGUCUAGAUUGUUUGAUUAUAGAAAUAUGAGAUAAUGAUGCUUUUUUCUUGACAUAGAAAAUAUGAGAGAAUGGUGUUUAUUGUGAAUCAUGAAUGUAAUGGGAUAUAGCGACAACGGACGUUGAUCGUAAAAUUUAGCACAAUCAAUACUUCAUUCCUUGGUAAUUGACUGAGCCGAGCCCCAACAGCUGCUGACAUGAUAACAUUUUAAAAUCCUAUGUGGACUUCAUGGGAACCUGCUGGUACAUGUUUCACCUGCAGCAAACGUUCCCCAUUUUAAUUACAGCUUUCGUAAUUAGAACAUUUGAUUAUCUCCAUGAGUACAUUACUUACGAACUAGUAGAAAUUAAUGCAUACGAUUUUGUGCCUUUAAGAUUCGUUUUAUGAUAUUGAACACAAAA